AUGGCGACCGCCGCCGCCGCCGAACCGCUGCCCUCGGCCUCUUCUUCAUCACCACCGCCCCCUUCCUCUUCGUCCAGCGCCAGAAUCACCGCCUCUCCGUACCCCUUUGCCGCCGCGCCCGACAUUGUCCGCGCUCACCAAAAGGACGCCUACUUUACCGGCCACCUCGCCAACACCUUCACCGACCUCUACCGGCGCGCACGCGGCGCCCGCGCCGCCCACGCCCUUGCCCCCGAACUGCGCACCCUCGCCGCUCUCGCCUACUUUUCGCUCACCACCCUCCCCGGCAACCGCACCCUCGGCGAGGAGUACUGCGACCUCGUCCAGGUCCGCGCGCCCUCGGGACGCCUUCCGAGCCUGCGCACCCGCGCCGCCUACAUUGCCGGCAGCAUCCUCCUGCCCUACGCCGUGAGCCGGCUGCUACCCGCUCUGCGCGCCCGCCUCCGCACGCUCUUGGAAUCUCGGGUAGAGAAGCUCGAGGAGACGGGACGAAAGGACAGCCGCGAGGCCAAGGUCUGGGCCUACGUCACGACGCACCUGUCUAGCCUGACGAGCGCCGCGCCCGUGCAGGCCGUCACGCUCGCGCUGUUUUAUUUCAGCGGCACCUACUACGAGCUUGCGAAGAGGGUGCUCGCGUUGCGGUACGUCUUUACGCGGAAAGUCCCCGACUCGCCCGACCGCGCGGGCUACGAGGUGCUCGGCGUGCUGCUCGUCGUGCAGCUCGCCGUCCAGGGCUACACCCACAUCCGGGAGACGCUCGCCGCCGUCGCCGCCACCACCGCACCGGCUGCCCGCGAACGCGCUGCGUUUCACGGCGCCCUCGACGUCUCCCUCGACCACGACAACACCUACGGCGCCGCCAACAGCGACCUGUUGCUGUCGGAGCUCGGCACUCGCGGGCCGCAGGCCAGCCGCGUGGACCUGGCGCGGACGACGCACACGCCCGCGGCGGGACACCCACGAUUCGACCUUGAGCAUGCAAAAGUCAUGGGCUUCAUCAAGGGCGCGCAGCAACGGAAAUGCACGCUGUGUCUUGAGGAGCUCAAGGAUCCGUCGGCGACGCCCUGCGGUCACGUAUUUUGCUGGGAGUGCAUCGGAGACUGGGUCCGCGAGAAGCCCGAGUGUCCCUUGUGCAGGCGGGAUGCGCUUGUGCAGCACAUCCUCCCGCUGCGGGUAUUUUAG